UUAAUUUCUCAAGCUGGUAAUCUUCCUAAUUUCUAAUCCUUAAUUCAAUGACAUUAAUGAGGCGAAAUUCAGGCCUAAGGUCUGCUAUUCAACGGACAGAAUCCCUAGUCAGAUUACCGCUCCCCCGUGCACCGUUAUACGUACGCUUUCAUAUACCUCCACAUGAGAAUCAGAUUCCCUUUCCUUUCUUUUUUUAUUGUUUGUUUUCUUCUAUUCCCUUUCUUUAUUAUUUGUUUUCUUCUAUUCCUUUUUUUAUCAUUAUAUUUCUUCUAUUCCUUUGACUAUUAUAUCCCCCAGCUUUCCUUUAUUUCUGUUCCCUUUUCCUUGGUUUUAGUUCCCAUAUUUCUUCUUAAUUACAAUCUAAUUAAUCUUUCUUUCUAUUCUAUUCAAUUCCCUAUCUUUUACUUCAUCUCAUUCUUAUCAUUAUCACAUUAGCUUCUCUCUAACCAAAGGGUAAGGUGUUUAUAUUUUUCCUCCACCUAUUAUUAGUUUAUCUUCUUCUAUGAUUUAUUUCUUUGGUGUUUUUGAUUGAUUUUCAAGUAACGUAACGUGUUGUUAUGUCGUGCAUGUUAUGACCCGUUUCUUGUUCCUACUUUUCAGUGAUUUUCUUUUUAGGUUAGUUGAGUAUAUUGAACUACUAGACGAACAAAGUUAUUACAAUGAUGCCUGGAAAUGGUGGUAAUGGCCAAAUCUCCGUUCCUCCAGGGUUUCGCUUUCAUCCAACUGAUGAAGAACUACUAUACUAUUAUUUGAAGAAAAAGGUUUCUUAUGAAGCUAUUGAUCUUGAUGUUAUUAGAGAAGUUGACCUUAACAAGCUUGAACCAUGGGAUCUGAAAGAUAGAUGCAGGAUAGGUUCAGGACCUCAAAAUGAAUGGUACUUCUUUAGCCACAAGGACAAGAAGUAUCCAACCGGUACACGAACAAACCGUGCCACGGCAGCCGGAUUUUGGAAAGCCACCGGGAGAGACAAGGCAAUCUACCUUGGCAACAAUGCAAAGCGAAUCGGCAUGAGGAAAACCUUAGUCUUCUACACCGGACGUGCUCCUCAUGGUCACAAGACGGAUUGGAUCAUGCAUGAAUACCGACUCAACGAUGAAGAUCCUCAACUUCAGCAAGAAGAUGGAUGGGUGGUGUGCCGAGUCUUCAAGAAGAAGAACCAUGGAAGAGGUUUACACUCUGAACUACAACAUGAAGACGAUUACGAUAAUCCUAACCCUACAAAUAAUCACCCCACCUCAAGCCACAUGAUAAAGCCAAGCACCAACCCUACUACUUCUACAAUCCUAUUCCCACCAAGGCAACAUGGUUACAACGUCCAACCCUUAAUGUUUCCUAAUAACUACUAUAACCCUGAUUACACUUUCGAUGGCGCUAUGCACCUCCCACAAUUGGCUAGCUCCGACACCUUAUCAGCCGCCGGUGGUAGCACUCUCUUUACUACCAUGGAUAAUAUACUGAGACUAAGCACCUCCGCCGGAGGGCUAAUAAACACACAACAAUUGUUAGCUAAUGGCGGCGAGUGGGGGUUCUUGGAUAAGCUUCUUGCCAAUUACCAGAGCUUGGACCAGCAUCAACAACAACAACAGCAACAACAAGAUCCAUCACAUAACAAGAUUGUAGCCGGCGCCAUAGCAAACCAUGAUAUCCUAGGAAUGAGCUCAACUAGUGCUCUUCAACAUCAACAACAUAAGUUUUGUUAAGGGUUUUUAUAGAUUGUAACCUUGAAACAAAGGGCAAGGGUUUAUAGACUUUAAUGCAAUCAGUCUGUAUUUAUUCAUUUGCUUCAUUCUACAAUAGUCUAAUAAACUUCUUUAAUUUAGGAAUUCAUAGUUUAUAGAUAUUGUUUGCUAUGUCUUUUUACUCGCUAUGGUUUUUGAUAAUUGUUCCAUCUUUACUUUUAAGGCCAAACAUUACAUAU